GGAAUUAGGGUAAUUCAGUACGAGGUUAUGUUUACUGGUUAAUUUUGUCGAGUCAGAUUUUGAAACAAAAUCCUUUUAUCAGUAAAGAUAAAUAAUACCUUUAAAAAUGUUGGUGACUCUAAAAACAUUACAACAGCAAACAUUUCAAAUCGAAAUAGAUCCCGAUGAAUCGGUAAAAGCAUUGAAACUCAAAAUAGAAGUUGAAAAAGGUAAAGAUUAUGCGGUAGAUUCCCAAAGGCUUAUUUAUGCUGGAAAAAUUCUUCUUGACGAUCAUAAGCUUAGCACAUAUAAUAUAGAUGAAAAGAAAUUCAUUGUUAUUAUGGUUACUAAAGUAAAGACAGGUGAUACACCACAAACAUCUACGUCUACCCCUGAGGCAGGUGAAAGUAAGUCUACUGACAGCGGGGAUGCUACAAACAAAAGUUUGGAGUCUCCCAACCCACCUCCAGCAGCUGAGCCAGAACGUGCCGUAGAACCCCCAACAAUAUCUACUGAUCCGGAUUUUGAAUCUACUGUUCUUAGUAUUAUGGAUAUGGGUUAUAAUCGUCAACAAGUUGAACAAGCUCUGCGUGCGUCUUUUAACAAUCGGGAACGAGCUGUAGAAUAUUUAAUAACUGGUAUACCUGAAAAUAUAUUACAAGAACAAGAGGCAGAAGCAAGUUCAAAUGAUGACCCAUUAGGUUUCCUCCGUGAUCAAUCCCAAUUUCAACAAAUGCGGGCUAUGAUCCAGCAAGAUCCUAGUUUGUUAAAUACUAUUUUGCAGCAAAUUGGACAAUCUAACCCUCGACUCCUUCAGUUAAUAAGUCAAAAUCAACAGGCUUUUGUGAGAAUGCUCAAUGAACCAAUGAGUACUCCUGCAAGUGAUGGAGCUGCUGCUGUAUCUGAAGAUGUAUUGCCCCCUGAGCAUCAGUUACCUCAGCCACCACAAAAUGUUAUUCAUGUUUCACCUCAAGAUAAAGAAGCUAUAGAACGAUUAAAAGCUCUUGGUUUUCCAGAAGACAUGGUUAUUCAAGCCUACUUUGCAUGCGAGAAGAAUGAAAAUCUAGCAGCAAACUUCCUUUUAUCUCAAACCUUUGAUGACUAAUUUGCACCGAGAGGAUAUUUCAUUUUAAUGCUUUUUCCAAAAUGAUUUACUUAUUUUACUGUCAAACCAGCUUUGUAUAUUAUUUCAUCCUUAUUGUUUGUAUGUUAUAAAAGAAUUUGGUAACUUUUAAAGUUUUCAAUAUAUUCACUUUUAACAUGCAAUCUUAUAGGUACUACUUACCUAUGUAACUUUUUUAGAAAAUAAAAAUAAUUGGAUUGAAAAUUUCAA